GUAUUUUUUUUUCUCAAGUAUCUUUAAAUUUCUAAUCGUUCCGAUCCAUUGCGCGAAAUAUAGUAUGUUCGUUUCCGUCUUAGCUCUUUUUACGAAUGGUUAACCACGAAAAUAAUCUACACACAUGCACAACAAUUAAGAACUGCUAAAUUGCCUGAUUGGUUAGGCCAUUAAACGAUAUAAUUUUAUUUCAUUUUAUGUUUGGAACAAGAACAUAUUUUAUCUGAUCAUAUACAAUUAUAUUUUGCUAUAAAAUUAUUAAAAUAGUGUUUUUAUCAAUGUGACGUUUAUAAAUUUUGUUCUCUCAAAAAUAUCGUACUAUGGAGACCACUUAAAAUCUAUAAUAAGAAACGAUCUCUAUAGGUUUCUCUAUAUAGGUAUAUAAAUAGAAUUUAAAAUAUAUAUUAAAAGCACAUAUGUAAAACUGCAAACAAAAUUAUAAAUAGAAAUUUCGGAUAUAAAGUAUAGAUCGUCUAAAAAUAGACUGAAAACGUAAUACGUGUAUUGCACAAAAGUUUAAAAUAUCUUUCCUAUCACACUCCCUGUGUAAAGCUCGAGACACGAUAUCGCGUUUCCUUGCAACGUGUUUCUUUUUGUAGCAAGGAAUCUCCUAAGCAGCGGGGUCCACAAGCUUACCUUUAAUCAGCCAGAAGAGCCCGACACACAGCCGGUUGAAGCGGCGCCGUUGAUGCGCAGCGGGGAUGAAGGAAGGCAGUAGGGUGAGUUGUAUUUGUCGAGGGCCACUCCUUUCCGAUUGUUCGGUGCCCCUUGUGGCUGUUGACAGCUGCUGCCUACGGAGGUAAGUCACAUUCGUCGAUCCCUCGGAAUCGGGAAGCGAGCGAGCUUAGUCGCCGUCUGGUCGGCAUGCUGAUCGUUAUAUAUUCAUCAUCGCGAUGAUACUUCGGCGAGUCGAGAGUAAUUUUGUGGCCGUUUGUCGAAAUAUGGGAUGCUUGUUAGCUUCGUAGACACAUGUUGUGCGAUCGUAAAACUCACGGCGAUCUAUGAUUUUUCGAAGAAUGCGAAGUAAAAAGAACUGCUUUCUGCAAUAAAAGAUGGGACACGUUACAGUAAACGGUACGAUCUUCGAAAUCGCUUCAGAGGAUGGAGACAUAAAGCCAUUUCCGCGAUUAGUUACUAUCGGUGCUGCUGGUUUUGCUAUAAUAUUCAGCAUUAUUGGAAUAUUAGGUAAUUUAGUAACGGUAAUUGCACUAUUAAAAUAUACCAGAUUGAGACGACACGCCACCACGGCAUUUGUGAUAAGUCUAAGCGUCUCCGACUUGAUUUUCUCAGCGGUGAACUUGCCUCUAACAGCCAGUAGAUAUUUCCACGAAGCAUGGGUUCUAGGCGAAACACUAUGCACGAUAUUUCCUUUAUUUUUCUACGGAAAUGUUGCCGUGUCUUUACUCAGCAUGGUGGCCAUUACUAUCAACAGAUAUAUACUAAUUUCACGGUCAGAUAUUUACAACCAGUUAUACACUAGUUGCGGCAUAAUAUUGAUGUUAAUAGUCAUAUGGACAUUGAGCUUCUUGAUGCUGCUGCCGCCCUUGUUAGGCAUCUGGGGUACCUUAGGACUAGAUUCGGCCACCUUCUCGUGUACUAUACUCAAGAAAAAUGGCUCGAGCCCGAAGAAGUUUCUGUUCGUUCUGGGCUUCAUCGUACCAUGUGUAGUGAUUAGUGUUUCGUAUCUCUGCAUAUAUUGGCGCGUACGGAGAAGCCGUAAGAAUCUCGAGGCUCACGCGACGGAGAGAGGUCGAGGAAGCGUUGGCGGCUUUCAACGGCGAGAAGACUCCAGAGUGACCAAAUUGAUGCUCACUAUAUUCCUUUGCUUCCUGACGUGUUUCAUGCCACUGAUGCUGAUGAACGUGAUAGACGACAAGAUGAGGAUUCCGAUACUUCAUAUAGUGGCAUCGAUACUUGCAUGGGCGUCGGCGGUGAUAAAUCCUUUUAUUUACGCUGGCACCAACAAACUGUACAGAGAGGCGUACAAACAAGUUCUGUGCCCCGUUUCGAACAGAACGCGUACGAUCGGUCCCAAACCGACGCAUUCUCACUCGAGCAAGUUCUCGUCGCCUCAUACGAUGUAAAAUGUCGUCUGAUUAUUUUAAAAUUUAAAUU